CGCCGACUCAGCUCUACGGAUCGAUACAUGAAAGAGGAGGACAAUUGUACUGGAGCUGCAGACAUCAAGCUUGCUGACGGAUUCGAACCUUAGAGAGUUUCUACUUGCCAAGUAGUCAUUGCAAAAAGGGGACAGCAUGUGGUGGCCGAUUCUGCCCGCUCUGCUCCUUUACUCACAUGCGUCAUUCUAUGCUAUUAAGAAUGAACCGCAGUUAUUACAGCAGGAUAAUGGUCAUCGGAUAGCAACACUCAUGAAUCUGUUGACUCGAGCCAGCAAAAAUAGGCUGCAAUCCCUCUAUGAUGAUGAAUACGACGAGUCAUGGAGCAAUGAUAUGUAUGAUAUUGAUAUUGAAAAUGCGGAAAAUGCUGCCGUACAAGGAACGGCCACAAAAUUGGUGACAGCACAGAAGAAAGGACAAAGCGAAUAUGUGGGAUUUAUUGGGCCAAAAGUUUCAAAUCAGAUGAAGCACAGGGAAAUGUUGAAAAAGCAGAUAAAAGAUUACGAAAUGGUCCAACAAACUAACUUAAAACCAAUGCUUCAUCUUGGCAAUUUCCUAACUUUAGCAGUAGCAACAGUUUGCAUGUUGGCAGUGGUAGCUGGGGUGACAACUGGCAGCUACUACUUUUUCAAGGAUCGAUCUCAGAAAUCCCCAGUAGAUAGCUGUGACUUCAAAUACGCACCCACCGGUCCUGGAAAAAGCAAGAAAAAGAAAGGUGGUGACGAAGGACUCGCGUACAAGGCACAGCUACAUCACUAUCAGCAAGCAAAACAGAAGAUAAUAUCAGGUGAAGAUGGAACAGUUACUCUUCCUGAUGGCUAUGAAAGCAGUGAAACGUCCGAUGACGAGAAUAAUUUUUCGGUGUAUGAAUGCCCUGGCUUGGCUCCAACCGGUGAUAUCGAAGUACAGAAUCCAAAUUUCAUUUCGCGAACCUGAAGAGUAAUCAGAUCAGCUGAAUCACAUUUUGUGCAGAAGGCCAGGAAAGAAAUUGAGUAGUGUUAUAACUUGGAAGUUUUCAUGUCUUCGUAAAUCAUUUGUGAGGAAUUAUUACUUUCAGGACAUCUUCCACCACUGUAUCUAAAUAGCAGGAGAAUUUGAAAUGUGGUGAAAUUUAUUUCAGAUAAAUUCCUUAGAAAGGAGGAAAUAUUUUAAAUACAUUAUUUCGCAUAAUUAUUGUAUCUACAAAAAGAAUUCAUGCCCAUUAUCAAUGUAUUUCAUUUCAUAUUCAUCGGGAUGGACCAUUCAUUUAUCCAUUCAUUUGUGGCUAAUUUAUAAGUAGUUCUCCCCAGUUAUCAAUUUGUCUGUUCUGCUGCGUAGUAAUACCUAUUUAAAAAAUUCAACUCUAACAAAAUUAAUGUUACAUUUUGUGCUACUGUUCAAUUUGCCAAAAUCAGGUAUCAAAAAAAAAGAUGGUAAAGGAGAUUCUAAGAUUAUGUUGUUAACUGCAUAUGACAAGUGACAUUGUGACAGAUACUGAAUUUGCAGGAUAGCAAUAGGAAUUACUUGCUUGUGCCUCUGUUGCUUGCAGUUGCGAACUUUACUAUAAUGAUAAAUGCCAUGUCACCUG